ACGGAGAGGGCAGCAGGAACAUCACGGCUCCACAAACACGCUGUUAGUGAACUUCAGAAACUGCGGUGUUUUAGUCUUUAUAUAUGUCUCCGUCAUAUUUCCAGAUCACUACAGUGGGUUCACUAACAUCAGCAAAGAUGUUCCACAUAAAACACGCAGAAACAUCGGAAACUCUCUGCGACGACCCCGGGAUUUUUACGCAGCUGUAAAUCUGCUCGUGAAGCAGCGGGAGGUCCCCGUGUUGCGACACGAAGUGGGUGUAAACAAUUCCCAAAAUGAGCACCUCACGCGCUCUCCCUGCCUCUCAUUCAUUAAGGAAGUUCAGAGCUGUGGGGCUGAGCGCGCGGAGCGGGACGCAGAGAUGAGCAACACACAAGCAAACGGCGAGUCCAACAUUCAGAUAACCAAGAAAGCCAAAAUGAGCGGCGACACCGCCACCCAGCACCUGGACGGCAUCCCUCCGGAGGUGCUCGGUAAGGUGGAGAAGUACCUGCAGCUUUUCCAGCUGUCCCCGGAGAUGCUGCAGGAGGUUUCGGCUCGGCUCAGGAAGGAUCUGCUCCGAGGUUUGGGGAAACACUCUCACCACAAGGCGCCCGUCAAGAUGCUGCCCACCUUCGUCAGGGCCACGCCUGAUGGCACGGAGAAAGGCGACUUCCUGGCGUUGGAUCUGGGAGGAACGAACUUCCGUGUGCUUCACGUCCGUGUGGAGGAGGAGGCGCAGAAGGUUCUGAAGAUGGACAGUCAGAUCUGCGCCAUCCCGCAGGAAAUGAUGCUGGGAACCGGAGAACAGCUGUUCGACCACAUCGCCACCUGUCUCGGAGAUUUCCUCGAGUCUCAGAACCUGAAGGGUAAAACUCUUCCUCUGGGCUUCACCUUCUCCUUCCCCUGUGAACAGCUGGAAAUCGACAAGAGCAUCCUGAUCCGCUGGACCAAAGGCUUCAACUGCUCCGGGGUGGAGGGGAAAGACGUGGUCCAGUUACUGAAAGAGGCCAUUCACAGGAGAGGGGACUAUGAUAUCGGCUCGGUUGCCAUGGUGAAUGACACAGUGGGAACGAUGAUGAGCUGCGGCUACAGGGACCAGAGCUGUGAGAUCGGCAUGAUCAUUGGUACGGGAACCAACGCCUGCUACAUGGAGGAAAUGAAGAAUGUGAAGCGUAUUGAGGGCGCGGAUGGACGGAUGUGCAUCAACACGGAGUGGGGCGGCUUUGGGGAUGACGGAUCCUUGGAUGACAUCCUGACUGAGUUCGACGUGGAGGUGGACAAGACCUCCAUCAACCCCGGCGUGCACAUCUUUGAGAAGAUGAUCAGCGGUAUGUAUUUGGGAGAAAUUGUUCGACUGGUGCUGGUGAAGAUGACCAAGGACAAGCUGCUGUUUAAAGGACAGAUAUCGGAGACACUGGGGACCCCAGGACAGUUUGAGACCAAGUUUAUCUCUGAGAUUGAGGAGCCGGACAGCGGUUUGGAGAACGCCAAGAAGAUUCUGACUGAGUUGGGUCUGGAUUGGGAUCCAGUCGACGCCUGUGUGGUGCGCCUGGUCUGCGACACUAUCUCCUCACGCUCGGCCCGUCUCUGUGCUGCUGCCCUGGCAACCCUCGUCAACCGCAUCCGUAACAACCGCAAACUGGACCAUCUGAAGACCACUGUCGGGGUGGACGGGACAGUGUACAGAAAACACCCCACCUUCAGCAGUAAGCUCCAGAAGGCGGUGCGCCUGCUCGCCCCUCAGUGUGACAUCACCUUCCUCGUCUCGGAGGACGGCAGCGGGAAGGGCGCUGCCAUGGUAACGGCUGUGGCGCAGAGGCUGGCUCACCAGUCCCGACUGCUAGAGGAGAGUGACGGUGAGGACAAUGAUGAAGAGGAGGAGGAGGAAGAGGGUCAAUAAUGUAUUUUUGACCAAUCUAUGCCUCAGUGCAACUGCAACUGUUCAUAUAAUGUAAAGAGAGGUGGAGGGAUUCCUCUGGUAUUUUAUUAUGUUGAGAUUUUAUUAGAAAAGAAGUAGAAAAUGUGUUGAUCAGAGUAUUUAAAGUACAAAAACUUGCACAAGGCUCACUGAAAAAGGUAUUAAAAAGUAACCAAUGUGUCAAAAGGAGACGAUUUAAAGUCAUUUUAUAGGUCGCUAUGUAGAUUUUGAUCCUAUAAAAAUGUAUUUAUUAAUAAGGGGCAUAGCUUCAGGGGGUAUUUGUGGUGGCAACACUCCCUAAAAAUAAGUUGCCCCUCCCCCGAAAAUAGUGUUGUUAUAUCACUGCAGCAAGGGGCGGAUACUCUGGGGGGGCAGAGGGGCCCAGAUCCUACUUUUGCUGGUUAAAGACAGUGUUUUCCUCAGUGUGUCACUGUGAGUAUAACUCAGUAAUGUUAAAUAAUGAUAAUAACCACUGAAAGCUGAUGUUCUGAUUAUAUAACAGGAUAUUUAAAAGUUUAAAAAAUGGACAGUUUACAAACCUUAAUGUGUGUAAAUGAUGUUGAUGAAAAACGGGCUAAAGGAACCGGAACAAUUCAGAGCUUCCCUGAGAAACGUCAAGAUUUUAAGAUUAUCUUUUAUUAACAUAAAUCUGUGACAGAUGUCAGCACAUAUGGUGGUACAAGGCAAGAAAGAGUGGAAUAAAUAAUUUGGCUUUUUUAAUUUCCUCAAUCUCAAUAAAUAAAAAACAAAAGACUAAGAAUUAUCAGGGAAUUGCACCAUUUGCUGCUUGGUGAGAUUUCCAGUCAUCCUGAACAGCAGUGAUCUGUUUGUGUCCAAGUAAAAGAUAACAGAUGCUUCAGUCUGAUGCAGAAAAGAGGAAGAGAAGGACGUUUGUGAAAUGUGUUUUUUAAGGUGCCAAAAAUCCUCCUGCUGUUUUUUUUUCUUUUUUAAAAUGGGAAAUAAAGAGUUUAUGUACAAAGAACCGCAGAAGAAGAGCUGCAGCACAAUAUGCACUAAAGCCAGUGAAAAAAUAAAAAUGUUAAACCGUCCAAUCAGAA